AUGGCACUCUUUAACCACUUGUUACUCUUGUCUUGUUUGGCGUCGCUGGUUCUGAGCUCACCUUUCUUCCCACCAACCUGCUACUCCAAGGUGCUGAGCAUGGCUCGGGAAAUCACCCAAGUGGUGGCAAACCUGAAGAAGGACUAUUACACUGGUUACUGCAUGGCCCACAUGCCAUACCUCUAUCUUGAUGUCCAUAAUGCUUGUGUGAUACACAAAAUAAGGACCUACAUCUCCCUGAUAGAAGAGCUGCGACAGCGGCGCUGUGCUUACACCGCAGACAUGAGGAAGCUGGGGGGCACUCUGAAACAGCUCUUCGUCUUCUUGUCUCAAAAAUGUCACGGGGACCUGGUGUUCACCAUUGAUGACUGUGCAGCGUUGGAGUACUAA